AUGGCGUGCCUGUUGGAGACCCCAAUCCGCAUGAGCGUCCUCUCGGAAGUAACAGCUAGCAGUCGCCACUAUGUUGACAGGCUAUUUGACCCUGAUCCCCAGAAAGUUCUACAAGGUGUCAUAGACAUGAAAAAUGCUGUAAUUGGAAACAACAAGCAGAAAGCCAACCUCAUUGUUUUAGGAGCUGUUCCAAGAUUAUUGUACUUGCUUCAGCAAGAAACCUCAAGCACAGAAUUGAAAACUGAAUGUGCAGUGGUAUUGGGAAGUCUUGCUAUGGGUACUGAAAACAAUGUUAAGUCUCUACUAGAUUGCCAUAUUAUCCCUGCCUUACUGCAAGGACUACUGUCCCCAGACCUGAAGUUCAUUGAAGCUUGCCUCCGAUGCCUGCGCACCAUCUUCACCAGUCCCGUCACUCCAGAGGAACUACUGUAUACAGAUGCCACGGUGAUACCACACCUCAUGGCUCUGCUUAGCAGGUCCCGCUACACCCAGGAGUACAUCUGUCAGAUCUUCUCACACUGCUGUAAAGGUCCAGAUCAUCAAACAAUUUUAUUUAACCAUGGCGCAGUUCAGAAUAUUGCUCACCUACUAACCUCAGUAUCUUACAAAGUUCGAAUGCAAGCACUGAAAUGCUUCUCAGUUUUAGCUUUUGAAAACCCCCAGGUAUCGAUGACCCUGGUAAAUGUUUUGGUUGAUGGAGAGUUGUUACCACAGAUUUUUGUGAAGAUGUUACAAAGGGAUAAGCCCAUUGAGAUGCAGCUGACAUCGGCAAAAUGUUUAACUUACAUGUGUAGAGCUGGAGCAAUUCGGACAGAUGACAACUGUAUUGUAUUAAAGACAUUGCCUUGUUUGGUUCGAAUGUGCAGUAAGGAGAGGUUACUAGAGGAGAGAGUUGAAGGAGCUGAGACACUCGCCUAUCUGAUUGAACCAGAUGUUGAGCUGCAGAGAAUUGCUAGCAUUACUGAUCACCUCAUUGCCAUGCUUGCUGAUUACUUCAAGUAUCCCAGCUCUGUGAGUGCCAUCACUGAUAUUAAAAGGCUUGAUCAUGACUUAAAGCAUGCUCAUGAACUUCGCCAGGCUGCAUUCAAGCUCUAUGCCUCUCUCGGAGCAAACGAUGAAGACAUCCGGAAGAAGAUCAUUGAGACUGAAAAUAUGAUGGACCGAAUUGUGACUGGCUUGUCUGAGUCUAGUGUCAAGGUGCGGUUAGCUGCCGUCAGAUGUUUGCACAGUUUAUCUAGAUCUGUGCAGCAGCUUCGAACCAGUUUCCAGGAUCAUGCUGUGUGGAAACCUUUAAUGAAGGUUUUACAAAAUGCACCAGAUGAAAUCCUAGUAGUAGCAUCAUCCAUGCUAUGUAAUCUUCUUCUUGAAUUUUCUCCAAGCAAAGAGCCAAUUUUAGAGUCAGGAGCUGUAGAGCUACUUUGUGGACUAACCCAAAGUGAAAAUCCUGCUUUACGAGUGAAUGGAAUUUGGGCUUUAAUGAAUAUGGCAUUUCAGGCUGAACAAAAAAUAAAAGCAGAUAUUUUGCGAAGCUUGAGUACUGAACAGCUCUUCCGGUUAUUAUCAGAUUCAGACUUGAAUGUGCUGAUGAAGACAUUGGGACUUCUUAGAAACCUACUCUCUACUCGCCCUCACAUAGAUAAAAUAAUGAGUACUCAUGGAAAGCAAAUUAUGCAAGCCGUCACCCUUAUUUUGGAAGGGGAGCAUAACAUUGAAGUCAAAGAGCAGACACUGUGCAUCUUAGCCAACAUAGCAGAUGGAACAACGGCAAAAGAACUUAUUAUGACCAAUGAUGACAUCCUACAGAAAAUUAAGUAUUAUAUGGGUCAUUCACAUGUCAAAUUGCAGCUUGCCGCUAUGUUUUGUAUAUCAAACCUCGUAUGGAAUGAAGAGGAAGGCUCACAAGAACGCCAGGAUAAAUUACGAGACAUGGGCAUCGUAGAUAUUCUACACAAACUGAGUCAGUCACCAGAUUCAAACCUUUGUGACAAGGCAAAGACAGCGCUGCAGCAGUACCUGGCGUGA